AUGAGUGCUGAGAACUAUCAUUUUUUAAAUGAAGAAUAUGAAGACUUGGAUAAUAGUGAAGAUAAUAUUGAUACCUAUGAAAUUUCGCCAGAAAGGGGCAUUCGAGAUGGCCUGAAGAUAGCGCGGAAAUAUAUUCUAAAUGGAUUUCGAGUCAGUAAAAGAGAACGAAAAAAACUUAAGAAGCAUGAUGGAAGUGUACUUCCUGAUGGCUCAGUGUUACCACCAUCACUACCACCAGAUUUCAUUUAUUUGAGUGACGAAGAGGAUGAUCCUCCAACAAUGAUAGUGACGAAGAUGGCGACGAAGAAAUUCCGGCUUUGGACAGUGUUUUCAGUUCUGUCUAACAUACGGAAUUGGAGUUUACCCUCAGGAAAAUUCGUUAAGGACAUUUUUGCUGAAAAUAAAAUAACUGCAGUGGAGAAAGCUAUCUUGAGAUAUGGCAUGUCAAGAAUCAUCGAUCUCUCAGCACAUAUGCGGGCAUGGUUUUCUGCCAGUGAACGUCAGCAUAUGAUGGACUAUGAAGAAAUUCUCAAAGUUCCCGAGUUGGUAAAAGACGUUAAUGAGUUCAUUGCACAGAUCAUAAAGGAAGGUGAUGUCAAGCGAGCAUACAAAUAUUGUCUCAAUCCACUUGUCUUUAUAUAUCUUUUAACUUGCCCAUAUAGCCUUUUAAGGUCAAAGACAGAAAUGAUCACAUCGAAAUUUAAUGUUAUUGUAAAAGCAUGUACUUACAUUGCUGAAGGACUGCAAAACGGAGAUGGAAUACGUUGUAAAUGCCAAUCCGCAAGUUAUGAGAAAGAUUGCAAGUGCGAUGUCCGAUUUUUAAGUCCUGCAGGAAUAGAUCUUGGUGAAUGGGAAUUUGCUGCCAACGCAACUUCAGCUAAAGCAGUUGGAGAUCGUUGUCGCUCAACUAGAAUCAACCAAUCAAUUUUGAAUGGCCUGUCGAGCAGAUGA